AAAAAAAGGAAGCAACAGCAGAGAGUGAGCUAGGGAGUGAUAAGAUAAGACGUGAUAACCCAAAGAACUACAGCGGUGGUUAACUCUGCUCUUCUUUUGCUCCCCACGCCUCGCCAGUGUACCUCCGAGGCUAUAACGAGAUACAGUGAAUAGUAAUUAGGUUAAAUGAAGCGAGUCGAGUCUUGGUGCACUGCAUGAGCCACGGGGGACGGUGACGGGUGGGAUGGAGAGCUUUGUCCCGCGGAGUUUGAACUGCGUUGCGUGGUGCGUGAACGUUGCGCAGGGCUGGUGUUGAGUGCAUUACAAUACGGCAAGAGAAGUGAGACAUCCUCAAGUAUGGCCGACUUACCCCCGCCGCCUCCGCCACCUCCAGAGGAUUAUGAUCUAGAUGAUGGCUUGCCCCCACCUCCACCGCCUCCACCUGAUUAUGAAGACGACCUUCCACCGCCGCCGCCUCCGCCUCCCUCUCUACCCUCUGUCUAUCCCGAGGAGCCGCCGCCGCCACCCGAACCGGACUAUGAUCUCUGUGAUUCUCCUUUGAGUGGCUCCCAGUUACAGGUGAGCCGUGGUGUGGAGGACCUACCCCCUCCACCACCCACAACCGAUCCCCAAGACGGGGUGAUGGGGAUAGACGACUUCAGUCAGCUCAACUUUUACAACGAUCUUCAGCAACAGGAGCUCAAAAAGGGGAGCGGGAGGAGCCGCCACUCCAGCUAUGGCUCCUCAAAUUCGACCAUGGUGGAGGGCAGCAGCAGCAGUCGCUUCAGCAUGGGUAGCGCCAGCAGCAUGGGGCGCUGGAGUCAAGUACCAGACACACCCACCAAGUCGCUUCCUCGCAGGGCGUCUUCAGCGUCGGUGGCAGCCUACACUGAGCCUUUCAUGAUGACGGAGGAGGCACAGAGCAGUCUGUACGGCACCAUGAGCAAGGCGUCCAGGCAGCACAGGGAUCGCCACCACAAGCAGCAGCCAGCAAACCCAUACGGCACAGUUCGUCGUCAGCCUGGCCAGCACUCCACCCUUGACACCAUGUACGCCACAUACAAGCGGGAGAAACACAGCAAGCACCGCCCCAGUUUGUCAAGGUCAUCUGUAACAUCUGUAACGUCCACCUCCAUCACAUCAGGUCUUCAUUCCGUUCUCGACGACCUCCCGCAGCCUGUCCCCAACGAGCGUCCCAUCCUGGAGAGGCUAAAAUACGCCCCCAGUGUGGACCUCAGUGACAGCAGUAGCAAGAUGUCUGGAGAUCGUGUGACCAUCAGCGACGCGCUGAGCAAUGUGGACGUGCUGGAUGACUUGCCUCUGCCGGACCAGCAGCCAGUCAUUGAGGCGCAACCAUGCUCCGUCGUCUACAUCGCCAACUUCGAUACCAAUUUUGAGGAUCGCAUGGCCUACGUGACGGGUGUGGCCAAGUACAUGGAGGAGGCAGCCACUCACGCUGAACUGAACAAACUACUGGAAGAGGGAGAGCAGCAUGCAGUGAUGCUGUACACAUGGCGGUGCUGCUCCAGGGCCAUCCCGCAGCCCAAGUCCAAUGAGCAGCCUAAUCGUGUGGAGAUCUAUGAGAAGACUGUGCGGGUUCUCUCUGACGAAGUGAAGAAGCUCACCAAGUUCAUGAAUUUCCAGCGUAAGGCCAUUGAUGUGUUCUGCACCCAAGUGAAGCGGCUGUGUCACCAGGAGAAGAGGAAGGACUUUGUGUCUGAGGCGUACCUGCUCACCUUGGGCAAGUUCAUCAACAUGUUUGCUGUGCUGGAUGAACUCAAGAACAUGAAGUCCAGUGUCAAGAAUGAUUACUCCACUUACAGGAGAGCUGCCCAGUUCCUGAAGGUGAUGAGUGACACCCAGAGCCUGCAGGAGUCCCAGAAUCUCUCUAUGUUCUUGGCCACACAGAACAAGAUCCGGGACACGCUCAAGGAGAAGCUCACUGCAAUACCCUCCUAUGAAGACCUUCUUUGUGAUGUGGUGAACAUCUCCAUGCACAUGUUUGAGAACCGCAUGUACCUCACACCCAAGGAGAAGCACAUGCUUGUCAAGGUGAUGGGCUUUGGCCUCUUCCUGGUGGAUUCGGAGAUCUGCAACAUCAACAAGUUGGACCAGAAGAAGAAGAUCAAACUGGAUAAGAUUGACAAAAUUUUCAAGAACCUGGAGGUGGUGCCACUGUUUGGAGACAUGCAGAUAGCGCCCUUCAACUACAUCAAGCGCAGCAAGAACUUUGACUCCAAAAUGUGGCCAAUGUGCAGUGCCUCAUCCAUCAGCCCCCAGGCAGACCUCAUGUGCCACCUUCCCCGCAUCAGAGAUGAGCACAUCAAGUACAUCUCAGAGCUGGCUCGGUACAGCAAUGAGGUCAUCACCACCUUCAAGGAGACAGCUAGGACAGAUGCUGAAAACAAGGACAUCGCAGAUCUGGCUCUCCGUGGGCUGCAGUUCCUGAGUGAGUGGACCAGUGUGGUGACAGAACUGUACUCCUGGAAGCUGCUCCACCCCACUGAUCACCAUUCCAACAAUCACUGUCCUGCUGAUGCAGAGGAGUAUGAGAGGGCAACCCGCUACAACUACACAAACGAGGAGAAGUUUGCGCUCAUUGAAGUCAUCGCCAUGAUCAAGGGGCUGCAGGUGCUGAUGGCUCGCAUGGAGGUUGUCUUCCUCGACUCCAUCCGACGCAACAUCUACCAGGAGCUGCAGGACUUUGUGCAGCUCACUCUCAGGGACCCUCUGCGCAAGGCCAUCAAGAACAAGAAGGAGCUGCUUAGGACGAUCCUGGUGUCAGUUCGGGAAACCUCUGCUGACUGGCUGAAGGGUGUGGAGCCCCCUGAGGACCCAGCUCUUAAGGGCAAGAAGGACCCUGACAAUGGCUUUGAGAUUAAGGUCAUGAGGAGGAAUGUGGGCCCGUCAUCCACCCAGUUGUAUAUGGUGCGCACAAUGCUGGAGUCGCUCAUCUCGGACAAAUCUGGUGGCAAGAAGACACUGAGGAAGGAGCUGGAUGGACAACACCUCUGCCAGAUUGAUGAAUUCCACAAGACCUCCUUCUUCUGGACCUACCUCAUCAACUUCAGUGAGACCUUACAGUAUUGCUGCGACUUGUCCCAACUGUGGUACCGGGAGUUCUACCUGGAGAUGACCAUGGGACGCAGGAUACAGACGUGCACGGUGGAGCACCAGCACAAUGACGAGUGCACAGACCUGGUGGUGAUGGAGAAACGUAUCCAGUUCCCCAUCGAGAUGUCGAUGCCCUGGAUCCUGACUGACCACAUUCUGCGCACCAAGGACGCUUCUAUGAUGGAGUGUGUGUUGUAUCCGCUGGACCUGUAUAAUGACAGUGCCUACUACGCCCUCACCCAGUUCCGCAAGCAGUUCCUGUAUGAUGAGAUUGAGGCAGAGGUGAACCUCUGUUUUGACCAGUUUGUGUUCAAGCUAUCCGAGCAAGUGUUUGCCUACUACAAGCAUCUGGCUGGCAGCAUUCUUCUGGACAAGCGCUUCCGCAGUGAGUGUAACCAGCACAGCCUGAGGAUUCACUACCCUCCAGCCAACAGGUACGAAACUCUCCUGAAGCAGAGGCACGUUCAGCUCCUGGGCCGUAGCAUUGACCUCAACAAGUUGAUCUGCCAGCGCAUCAAUGCCUCCAUGCAUAAAUCUCUGGAGGUGGCCAUUGCCCGCUUUGAAGGCGCCGACAUCACCUCAGUUGUGGAGCUGGAAGGUCUCAUUGAGGUGAACAAGCUGACCCAUAAGCUGUUGUCUCAGCUGCUUGUGCUGGAUGACUUUGAUGCUCAGUUGCGGGAGGCCAACCACAAUGUGCUGGCUCCCUAUGGCAGGACCACACUGCAUGUCUUCUGGGAGUUGAACUAUGACUUCCUCCCCAACUACUGCUACAAUGCUGCUACAGGAAGGUUUGUGAAGGCUGUGGUGACAACAUUUGCCCAACCAGUGCAGCGAGACAAACCGCCCAAUGUGGCGCCCUACAUGGUUUGGGGCAGCAAGGCACUCAAUGUUGCCUUCACCACCAUCUUUAACCAAUAUUCAGGAUUCCUCGGUCCCCCACACCUGCGGUCCAUUGUGCGUGUGCUGGGCUACCAGGGCAUUGCUGUGGUCAUGCAGGAGCUUCUGGAGAUCAUCAAUUCCCUCAUCCAGGGCAACAUUCACCAGUUCACCAAGACUCUCCUACAAGCCAUGCCCAAAUUGUGCAAGCUGCCCAGAUAUGACUAUGGCUCUCCAGGUGUGCUAGGCUACUACCAUGCUCAACUCAAUGACAUCGUGCAAUACCCUGAUGCCCGAGCUGAUCUCUUCCACCACUUCCGAGAGCUGGGGAAUGCCUUGCUCUUCUGCCUGUUGAUAGAGCAGUCCCUCACCCUGGAGGAAGUGUGUGACCUCCUGCAGGCAGCUCCAUUCCAGAACAUCUUGCCAAAGCCAUUCUGUAAAGAGGGAGAAAAGCCUGAGACCAAACAGAAGAGGCUGGAAUCCAGGUAUGCUCCCCUGCAGAUUGUGGCCAACAUAGAGAGGCUGGGCACAGCUAAGCAAGCAAUGAUAGCCCGGGAAGGGGAUCUACUGACCAGAGAAAGGCUGUGUUGUGGCCUCUCUAUCUUUGAGGUCAUCCUCACCAGGAUCCAGGCCUUUCUGGAGGAUCCCAUCUGGCAUGGCUCCCCUCCUGCCAAUGGCGUCAUGAAUGUGGAUGAGUGCACUGAGUUCCAUCGCCUCUGGUCUGCCCUUCAGUUUGUGAUGUGUAUCCCUGUCGGUGCAAACAACUUCACUGUUGAGCAGCUGUUUGGUGAAGGUCUCAACUGGGCAGGCUGCUGCAUGAUUGUUCUUCUGGGCCAGCAGAGGAGGUUUGAAGCUCUUGACUUCUGCUAUCACAUCCUGCGGGUCCAGAAGGUUGACGGCAAGGAUGAACUCAUUAAAGGAAUUCAACUGAAACGGAUGGUGGACCGCAUCCGAAGAUUCCAGGUGCUCAACUCUCAGAUCUUCGCAGUCCUCAACAAGUACCUGAAGACCAGCGACCCAGACAACCUCCCGGUGGAACACGUGCGUUGCUUCCAGCCACCCAUCCACCAGUCCCUCGCAAACCAGACCUACCAGCGGCCAGACCACCUGCGCUGAGACACCCUCCUCCUCUCCCGGCCACUACCUCCCCGUCUUCCCCCUGAGGGUGCUGAGGGGAGAGGUAGUGCCAGGGGGUGUAAGGUGAAGCAGGGCCUCCCAAAUCUUGUUUGAUGCUAAGCCCCUCCAGUGUCUCCUCUGGAGUGAGUGGUCACCAGGGGCUUGGUAGAGUACCCUGCAGGUGAUGUGAUCUCUGUGAGUCUAGCACUUUACUUUAGUGUUUCUCCUGACACCAGACAUUCUUUGUCCUUGUGGCAGAUAUUGAGAUGUCUCUUCUUAAUUUGUCUGUCCUUACUUUUAUUUCUCACUGUCAGUUAAUGGAAAACAGGCAGUAGAAAAGGAGGUUAUUAAUGUUUAUUCACCAACAGGAAUGUGUUACUGGUAAACUGGUGUUGUCAAGCCCUUACAACUUUUUGUACAUAAUUGUAUUCUUUCUAUUUUUUGGAGAUUAUGACACUUUAUGAUCUGUUGAGUCAGAACAUUGCAACGGCUAUUAUGUAUUGCAACCUGUGGGUAACAUCAUGCCAUGUGUGGGGUAGGUGCAAGACUGCCAGAUGAGCCAGUAUGGUGGUGGGCAGACCCAAAAGACAGAGAGCUUUUGCAGCUUCAGUCUUAAGCUGCCAGCCUGUGUUCUAAACAGUAUUUCCCUAAACCCGGGCUCCCACAAUUACAUAUGCACUGAAUUGGAUAAACAAUGGCCAUACAGGUGCAACUGUACUGAUAGGAUAACAACAUCCAGAAAGAAUCUUGGAUGGCAUAAGAGUGUAAAAAAAUGAUGUAAAUAAAAACUGUUGUGGGGAAGAGAAGUAAUUGGCACAAAUCACAAUUUUCCAUUGCAUGAUAUCAGCUCACUAUGCAUGUGUUGAGCUCUCUGUACCUACAUGAUAUAUGUCAUUAUGCAUGAAAUCAAUAUAAGAUGAGCCUUAUGUAGUGUACAAAAGUUACCUUGCUACAAACACUAUAUACUCAAAGGUAACCAGAGUCAGUGCAGUCUGAGAAAAAAAUAUUACGUACAAAAGCAGGAAUGCAUUAGGCCCAAGUGGUGCUUGUGAACAUAAAACUAAGGAGCCAAACAAUUACAACAAGAGGGUCAAAAGUUAGAAGAUGACUCAAGUGUACAAAGAGAAAGAAUGAUCACCAAAAUGGCUGUGUGCAAUAUCACUUCACAGGUGUUUAAAAAAAAGAGACAAAUUCAAUUUGAAAUUGCUAUAAUCUCUGCAAACAUGAGCUAAACAUGAAUAAAUGAAACUUACCAUUUGAAAAGAUGGAGUAAAGUUUCAAAUAACCACCUUCUCAAAUAGUAAAGCUUUAUCAUUGGAUGGUUUAUGGUUGCAGAGAUACAGGAAAUUCAAUUUGAAUCCAUUUUAUUGAAACAAACUAUUUUUAUCCAUCAUUAUGUUGGAUCUUUUAGUGCUUCCGUAUUUGUUGUCACUUUACUUUCCAUUAUGCCUUACCUGAUGAGAGUCUACUCCUGCGGAUGUAGUGAGGCAAGUGAGCAGAACAGCCAAUAGGACAGAUAGGUUGUUGUGUCUUUAGUCAUCUUGGGAAAAUAGUGAAAACUUUGUAGGGAAGGAUGUGUAUGUAUAUGUCAUUAUUAUAUUGCUUUCCAUCACAUUCUUGACCCUUUAUGAGUUAGCAGAACGCUGGUGAAUGUCUACACAAUAUUGCCAUUUUUAUUAAUAAAUUGACUCAAAUUUAAA